GCUCUUCGCCUCUCUCCCCUUUCUUUUUCUUUCUUUCUUUCAAAAAUCCCAUCUUUCAUUCAUUUCCAGAUCUCAUUUCCCAUCAAUGGCUGCUUCUCUUAAUGCUGGAUCCAACACCUUGAUGGCUUCUCUUUCUUCCCACAAGCCCACUCAGGGACUUGCCCGAGCUUCGAAUUUUAAUGGGGUGGCACUUGUCAUCAGUGGGAAAUCCUUCCCAUCUCUUAAGUUGCGAUCACCGCGAUUCAAUGUUUCUUGUGCGGCGACACCUGAGACCGUGGACAAGGUUUGUAGCAUUGUUAGGAAGCAAUUGGCACUACCAGAAGACUCUACUGUAACCGGAGAGUCCAAGUUUGCUUCCCUCGGAGCUGAUUCUCUUGAUACGGUUGAGAUUGUGAUGGGACUUGAAGAGGAAUUUGGAAUCAGUGUGGAAGAGGAAAGUGCCCAGACUAUUGCCACUGUUCAAGAUGCUGCGGAUCUCAUUGAGAAGCUCAUUGAGAAGAAGUAAGAAAAAAGAAUGAAGUCAGAAUAGGUUGCUGGUUAUCCUUUUUUCUGUUUUAUUGGGAUGUUUUAUUCAAACGGAAAUCUUCAUAAGAUUAUGUAGUUUGUAAGGCUAAGAAUGUGGGAGUUGGAUCAUUGGACAAGUAUGUUAUACCAGUAAUAUUUUGUGGUGGUUCUUAGCGAA